AGAUCAAUAGAGCGUAGUAGGGAAGAAAAAAAAAAAAAAAAAAUAGAAAGGGCAUUCGUCAUCUGCUACUUUUUUUAGGGAAAAAUUCUUUUAAGAGAGAAUAAAUAUAACCCACAUGUACGCAUAAAAGAUAGCUUUCUUUUUUUUUUUUUCUUAUGAUCACAUAAACGAAUUGCCACAUACGAGUUAGGAAUAAAAAAAAAAAAAUGACCCACGUAGCUAGAGAGCUUUUGAAGAAGCAAUUUUUAGAACUGUCUCGAGACCACAACGCCGGGUUCUCCGUCGGGCUGGUUGACGACGCAAACUUCUUUGAAUGGAACGUCUGCUUUGAAGGGCCAAAAAAUACUCUAUACGAAGGGGGUAUAUACAAUGCCACCCUUUCCUUUCCCACGGAUUUUCCAAACCACCCCCCCCAAAUGAAGUUCACCCAGGAGAUGUGGCACCCAAAUGUUUUCCCGGAUGGAAGGGUCUGCAUAAGCAUAUUACACCCUCCAGGUGUGGAUAUCUACAACGAACAGGAGAAGUCGGAGGAAAGGUGGAGACCCAUCUGGUCUGUUGAAGGAAUUUUAGUUAGCGUCAUUUCGAUGCUCAACGAACCCAACCUUGAAUCUCCUGCGAACGUGGACGCGGCGGUUCAAAUAAAGAAUAACUUAAACGAGUACAAAAAGAAGGUUCGGGCCCUGGCCAGGAUGUGCUAACCGGGUGCAGCCUACUGUAAUUGGCAGUUGUGUGGAGACAUUAUUGACAACCCAAUCCUGUACUGUAUAUUGGUCCGCUUCCACGUAGUGGUCUCAAUCAGUCACCGUGCUAAUAGGAUAACCCAAGUGUCAAACGUGAACGCAUUGGAAAAGACAAAAAAAAAGUUUUUUUUAUUUUUUUGCAAAAUUUAUGAUCGUGUGCCCACACGUUCAUG